AAAGGACACGCGCAAGCAAGUCUGAGUUAACCCCUGACCAAAUGAUAUUUAUUUAAAUUUAUCGUCGGUUCUUGCCAAGCGAUAAGAUAGGUCACAGAAACUGGGAGCAUAACCUGGAACAUCUUCAAGGCAAACGAUACAGAGGAAUCUCAAGCGUACCUUCUAUUGAACGGCUCCGUUUCGACAGCUUCGGGAAUACGUUGGCAGUUCCUCGACAAUGUUCUGCCACUUAUCGCAAUAACCAGAGUGUUUUGCUUUCUUCUGCACCGACCGUUUGCGAUCGGCCACCUUUUCGAUUUGAUAUAUACUGGGGAUUUAUUCAUAUCACGAAUUCACUUGUCGAAGCGUAAUACCGGCUACCUCUAUCUACCGCACUCUUUCAACGUACAGCAUCAAUUGUAAACCGUCUGUUACAAUGGCUAGUACGCAAAUCGCAUCUGGUUUACCUAAGCCAUCGUUUGCCAAGAUUGCGGCUAACGUCGGACGAUCUGAUUUGACACCUGGAAGGGAGUCCCCAAACGAACGGCAUACGUCGCGCAAGGCAACUGCGGAUGCGGCUGUGCAAGCAACAGGUCCUAUCAUUGUGGGACAUAACACAACACCUGGGAUGGUUGUUCGGCGAACAGGAUCGAAAGAAGCAGAAUCAACGAUGGAUGCUACAGUCGCCAAUCUUCAGCAGUUGCAUAUUGCCAGCGGUGGACCCAAUCUGGUCGUAGAUGGCAGCGGUCUAGCUUCGUUAACUCCAAGCUCCAGUGGCAUAAAUCAGAGCAGCAUAUCUGGCGACUCAAAUCGGCCAGACUCUGUAUCUGAUCUAGAGCACAAGCCACCCAGUUUGGAUGGCAAGAGCAUAGCAUCUGGGACUACGUUCGCACUGGACGAAAAAGAGUCUCUCAGACCUGAUGACAGCGCUAGUGUCAAGGCAGCGGCCGAAGAUGAUGAUACUGGAUCGUUAUUAGCAGGCUCGCGCAUUGGUUCAGAAGCUGCAGCCCGUGCUCGAGGGAGUGCAGUCGCUGACUUGCGGCACCCGCAUGCAGCGCUAGGUGGACAAUCACAGGGUAUUAUGACACCUCAAAGCGCUUCCUCAGAGCAGCCUCCGGAUGGAAAUUCGGGCGAUGCACUGAACGUUAUAUAUCGCCAAGCACCGGACGAUAAAUUACUUGACGCUUUAGCAACCCCACGCGACCGGUAUUUUCUGUUGCGCCUGGAGAAGGACGUCAUGGAUUUUGUUCAAAAUUCAAAGGAGCCAUACAUGGACUUGCCCCCAUCGAACUCAUUCUGCCGAAUGUUGACACACAAGCUGGCCGACUACUAUCAUAUGACACACUCAUACGAGCCUCAUAUCGGCUCUGUGCGCAUCUUCCGUACACCGUUUUGUAGAGUGCCGCCAUCGUUGGCACUAAUGGUUCCAGAAAUGAGUGCUUCUACUAGCAGCACUCCUCCCCCUGCAGUGCUCCCACGGAAGAUAAUGCGUCGUGGGCAGGAGGGUGACAGUGGCCCAACCAGCACCAGUCCAUCGAAAGCUGCUUCUGAGGCGGGCAGCGAGCUUAAGGAUGCAAAAGAAAAGACAUCGGCUUCUAAUCCAAAAUUGUCUCGUGAGCAACGAGAAGAAAUGUAUAAGCUGGCGCGAGAGCGUAUCUUUGGAAACUCUGAAGAAGCAUCUCCAGGUAUGUGGAUAUGUCCAUCUCUGAAACUUACUCUAACAACGCUAGACACUGAGGGUGCAACCGGCAUGUCACGAACCAGCUCCAUUUCGGCAAAUCGAUCAACUAUCAGCAAGAAAGGCAGACAGGUUAAACAACGACGUGAUGAUUCCGAUGGAUUUGACUCUAGACAUCAGUAUACGCCAUACUGGGGUCCGCAGCAGCAAACCUGGGUUCCUCAGCCUCAGGUCCAGGCUCAAUAUCCAAGUCCAACCGCCCAAUAUCCUUCCCAAACUCCCGUCUAUAUUGGUCCUUCGCCACCCGUUUAUGGGCAACAAGCACAAUCAUAUCCUGGAGCGCCGGCUACAGCCCAGCCACCUGCGUUCGGAGCAUACCCUUCAGUACAGUACGCACCACAAGCACCUCAACAGCCCUUCCCGCCAGCAGGAAGCCCGAUGGCGCCAUAUGUUGCCCCAAUGCCUACUGGUGCACCUCAAGCUGCCUGGCCAGUCAGUAGUUACGCUGGUUCGCCUGUGACGUACCCUGCUCGUGGCCAAGCUCCAGUUGCUGCUGGGGCUGGGGCAAUCCCAUAUCCAUAUGGCCAACUACCUGCCCACGCAAAUCCGAAUGAUCCUAAGAGUCAGCAUCCGAUUCCGGGCAGCUAUAACAGAAAUCAUGGGUUCAACCCGAUGACCCAGUCGUUCAUCCCGACUGGAUCCAUGCAGCAAACUCCUCAACCACCGUUCACUACACCUGGAUCACAUCAUAGCAGUCCUCAAAUCGGCACUCCGCACUUGGCAUAUGCUGGUUAUCAGCAGGCGGUAGCGAUACCAUAUGGUGGUACGUAUGGUAUGGUACGCCAAGGAUCUAAUAACUCUGUCCCAUCAUACCAUUCACCACAGCAAGGAACUCCGCCAUUCCCCUCCAUGCCGGCCAUUCCACAUGGCUCGCAUCCACAUCCGGCUUCAUCACAUCCUUCAGGAGCUGUUCCGAAUAGACCUCCAGUUCCUCAAGGGCCUAGUAGCCAAAUGUACACCAAUUUACCAAACUAUGGUAACCCAGCUACGUUGCCACAACGGCCAGCUACUGGUAUGUAAGCUUGGUCAAAGGUAACCGGUGCAUAUAUUUGCGUGCAUAGCAUUUUUGGCGUUCAAAGGGGGUACUAUAUAUUUUGAAAUGUCUGUCUGUAUGUAUGGACUACAGCUAUUUCAUGUAGAUGACACGACGUAUAAAGACUAGCAUUUGUUUUUAAUCAACUUCAAAUUAAAUAACGGUUCCGUUCGUAUCUAAAGUUUCAAAAGUUGAAAUAUCGACAAACCACAACGCCAUGAUGAUUCUUUUAAAUUUUUGGAACAAGGCAGCAACCCGUAUUAUCUCGUUAUUCAUUGCGAGAUGUGUGCUGGCCGCUUUGGCGUUUGACGCCCUCCGGUAUUGUUCAGCUACCGAGUUCCUCCCAAGUCGUCAUUCUUUCGUUUAUUCCGUAGGCUCUCUGGGCUCUCUGGGUUCCUUGGGCUCCUUGGGUUCCCGAGGCUCACGGUCACGAGUCUGGCCACCUCCACGGCCACCUCCACGACCGCCGCGCUUUCCACCACGCUGGCCACCGCUUCCCUUCUCGCCAUCAUUCUUCGACUCACUGUCCUUCUCAGAAGUGACCAGGGCUGCGGUUGCUAGUCUCUGAGAAAGAUCAAUCUGGGUGCGGAUUGUGUUAGCCAAGUAGCUGACCAUGAGGACGUCUUGGAUGUGGUUGUUGAAGUCAUGCUCAAUUUGAGAAGCAUCAACCUUGGGGGAAAGAGCAAGAGCGUUCAUAAGAUACUGGCCCAGAGCAUUGUUGGGCUCUUCAUCCUCAUCUAAUACGCCGCUGACCCAUUCGCUGACUCUGUCCAAGAGGCCAAUGGUCUGUUCGAUCGACUUGCCGAGACCCUCAAUAUCGGAGACAAUAGGAGCAGUACGGGAUUCAGAAUCCUUGGCACUGUUGAUGGCUUCCAUGGCGCUUCUCUCGUUAUCUCCGUAGAGCAUCUUGUGAGGCACUUGAAUAAACAGGCAGCUUUCGGCGGCUCGCUCAGCGUUGACAGCGACGGGUGCGCUGAUGUAGCAUCUGGCACCAAUAUCCUGACCAGGCUCAGUAGACAUGGUCAAGUGGAUGGCGGGAUGAGGGAAAGUGCCGGUAUCCGGGCUGGCGAAGAAGUUCUGGAUCAAGGCGCUGAAGUUGUUGAGUUCGUGCGAGGUGGUGUACCAGCCGAGGAGCGAUUCGCGGGGGUUAGCCUUGAGAAUCAAAGCAAGCAUAUUCUUUUGAUAUUCGACAUCGACUUCGACUUGGUCUUCCUCUUCGGUGUGAGGGAUGGCGAAGCAGGAUCGUACUUCGACUUCGGUACCAUCUUCGGAUCGGGUACCUACAAGAGCACCGAUAACGCGAGUCGACUGGGCUCCAUCUUGGACAUCUCGGCGAACGGCGUGGUCAAGAAUAGAAAGGACAGC